AUGGCGGCGGCUAGCGGCCUCUUGCCCUGCCUCCCAGUCACCAAAUCCUCCUGGAGCUGACGAGGUCCUCGUGGGCCAGGCCUGGACGGAGUGGGAGAGUGGAUUUGGAGACACGAGUGGGGGAAGCCCGGCCCAGGGCUAAGUGGGGGAACAGCCCAGCCUGAGCUGCAAGGUUAAAGAGGGAAGCCAGGGAAAGCCAUCCUGAGAAAGUGCCAUUGGAGCCAAGAUGUGCAGGAGGUGUUACCUUCCUCUGAGGGUCCCAUGGCCAGACCCUCAUUUUGGCUGGGGAACGAAACCCUGAAGGUGCCUCUGGCGCUCUUUGCCCUGAACAGGCGGCGCCUGUGUGAGCGUCUGCGAAAGAACCCGGCGGUGCAGGCCGGCUCUGUCGUGGUGCUGCAGGGCGGGGAGGAGACUCAGCGCUACUGCACCGACACCGGGGUCCUCUUCCGCCAGGAGUCCUUCUUUCACUGGGCCUUCGGUGUCACCGAGCCAGGCUGCUACGGCAUGAUGGACGUGGACACUGGGAUGUCGACGCUCUUCGUGCCCAGGUUUCCUCCCAGCCACGCCACCUGGAUGGGAAAGAUCCCCUCGAAGGAGCACUUCAAGGAGAAGUACGCCGUGGACGACGUCCAGUACGCAGACGAGAUCGCCAGCGUCCUGACAUCACGGAGCCCCUCCGUCCUCCUCACUUUGCGCGGCGUCAACACCGACAGCGGCAGCAUCUGCAGGGAGGCCUCCUUCGAGGGCAUCAGCAAGUUCAGUGUCAACAACACCAUUCUUCAUCCGGAGAUUGUGGAAUGCCGGGUCUUCAAGACAGACAUGGAGCUGGAGGUUUUGCGCUACACCAAUAAAAUUUCCAGCGAGGCCCACCAGGAGGUAAUGAAGGCUGUAAAAGUGGGAAUGAAAGAAUAUGAGAUGGAAAGCCUCUUCGAGCACUACUGCUUCUCCCGGGGUGGCAUGCGCCACAGCUCCUACACCUGCAUCUGCGGCAGUGGUGAGAACUCGGCCGUGCUGCACUACGGACACGCCGGGGCCCCCAACGACAAGACCAUCCAGGACGGAGACAUGUGCGUGUUCGACAUGGGCGGUGAGUAUUACUGCUUCGCUUCGGACAUCACGUGCUCCUUUCCCGCCAACGGCAAGUUCACCCCGGACCAGAAGGCCAUCUAUGAGGCGGUGCUGCGGAGCUCCCGGGCCGUCAUGAACACCAUGAAGCCAGGCGUCUGGUGGCCCGACAUGCACCGCCUGGCCGACCGCAUCCAUCUGGAGGAGCUGACCCGCAUCGGCGUCCUGACCGGCAGCGUGGACGCCAUGGUCCAGGCCCACCUGGGGGCCGUGUUCAUGCCUCACGGGCUCGGCCACUUCAUGGGCAUCGAUGUGCAUGACGUGGGAGGCUACCCCGAGGGCGUGGACCGGAUGGACGAGCCCGGCCUGCGGCACCUGCGCACCGCUCGGCACCUGGAGCCGGGCAUGGUGCUCACUGUGGAGCCCGGCAUCUACUUCAUUGACCACCUCCUGGACGAGGCCCUGGCUGACCCGGCCCGCGCCUGCUUCUUUAACCCCGAGGUCCUGCAACGCUUCCGUGGUUUUGGCGGGGUCCGGAUCGAGGAGGACGUCGUGGUGACUGACAGUGGCAUGGAGCUGCUGACCUGUGUGCCCCGCACAGUGGAAGAGGUUGAAGAAUGCAUGGCAGGCCGUGACAAGGCCUUCGCUCCCUUCUCUGGCCCAAAGUAGAGCCACGGGCAAGCGCACUUCAUGGACGGCGGCCUGACGGUUGGCCCCCAGCGGUGCUCAGAAAUCACAUGCGGCAUCGGCGUUUGAUCACACCAAAUAUGCUGUUUCCCAGGGAGAAACUUUUUUAUUAACCUUCUGUGGGAUCACACCCUUGAUCUGUUUUUACUUUGCUUGAAUGACAGCGGCUUUUAAAAUGCUAAUUUUCAAUUAUCCCGUUAUUUUGAAUAAUCCUGUUCUUCACUAGCAACUAAAUGUGUAUCUUGCCAUCAUUUGUACGCUGCUCAGGAAAGAUGCCGUCCUCGUAUUUUCUCUCAAAAUCAAUACACAGAAUGGAAUUUGCAAUAAAAGAUUUCCUAAAAUGGA